AGCGCGGCAGCCGCCAUGGAUCCACCGACCAGCCCCGACGACGAGGCGGCGGCCUUCUUCCGCGCCGCGCCGCCCCUCCGCGGCCGCGACGCCGUCGCCGCCAGCCUCGCCGCCUUCGUCGCCCGCCACCGCUCACGCCCCGCCGCCGGCAAGUCGCCCCCUGCGAACCAAUCCCCGAAUUUAUUUAGGCUCGCCUCCACGGAACUGAAAGAAAGCUCCUCUUUUGUGCGCGCUGCAGGCGCCGGAGGAGGAGGAGGGCCCCCGGCGGCGGCGGCGGGGGUGGUCUGCGUCACCUCCGGCGGCACCACGGUGCCCCUGGAGCAGCGCUGCGUGCGCUACAUCGACAACUUCAGCUCCGGCCAGCGCGGGGCCGCGUCCACCGAGUAUUUCCUCAAGGCCGGCUACGCCGUCGUCUUCGUCCAUCGCCGCGGGAGCAAGCAGCCGUACUGCAGGUUUCUUCCGGAGGACUCGUUUCUCGACCUUUUCGAGCUCGGCGAAGGAUCCGAGAUCCAAGUCCCAGAGUCUCACACUACAGUGGUCAAGACCGCGAUUAGCAGUUAUCGCAAGGCAAUCGAUGAAGGUCUACUUCUGAAACUUCCUUUCACUACAAUUUUCGAGUACCUUCAGUUACUGCAGCUUGUAUCCACUGCUAUGAAUUGCUUGGAGCGCCAUGGAAUGUUUUAUUGUGCUGCUGCAGUGUCUGACUUCUAUGUUCCAUGGGAGAGUAUGGCUAAACAUAAAAUCCAGUCAGCAGGUGGCCCUUUGAACAUGCAGCUCAGUCAAGUUCCUAAGAUGCUUUUCAUCCUCAGAAACCAGUGGGCUCCUUCUGCGUUUUGUGUAUCCUUCAAGCUCGAGACGGAUCCAGACAUCCUUAUACAGAAGGCAGAGGCGGCUUUGAGAAAAUACGGUAUGAAUGUGGUGGUGGCGAACGAGCUAGCGAACUACAAAGACGUGGUUGUCAUGGUCACAAGCAGCGGGAAGACGACCGUGAGCAGGCGGAGCAAGGAAGACGACCUAGAAGAGCAGCUCAUCGCUCUCCUGGUUAAGAUGCAUUCAGAUCACGCUAAGCAGUCCAAUCCGGAGCAAGAAACAUGAGCUGGUGUGUUAAUGAAUAAGGAGGUGCUACAAGUUAUUGCGCUCAUCCUGGUUUAAUUAACAUACCGGUAAGCAGAGUACUCCCAAUAAUCCAAAAUAAGUGUCACAGUUUUGAACUAAACUGCAACACUUAUUUUGGAUCGGAGGGGGUCGCAUUUUCUCUUGAGAAUCGCAUGUGCGGUCAUCUCCCUUAUCCCUCAUGUUAUGCAACACCAGUUGAGAUGCCUGUCUUUAUCGGGCGUGGGUGGUGGUUUGGAUUGGACAAUUCUCACCAAUUCAAACUCCAAAUCUGAAAUGUGUCUAUUGUGAGCGAUCCAAAUUUGAUUAACGGGAAUCUAGGCUCCUUUGAUCCAAAUUUGAUUUACAGGGAUCGGCACCAUUGAUGGUUCAA